UGGACGUGUGUAGGUUCUCCGCAGCAAACGCGCCCCAUCUUUCACUAACAAACAAGAACUUUGCACUUAAUGUUGCGCAAUAUUCGCUCUCUUGCACAGACAUAGGUGGGUGCUGGUGGUCCGCCACUGUUCACUCGGUUGUGCAUGAGCGACUGCGACACGGCCGCUGUGCGGAACAAUAAUCCCGCUACAAACAGUCACCGUGUGCCGCUGGACUGCUGCGGAGGACUCAACAACGUGGACUACUCCAAGAUGGACUUGACGCUGAUGGAAGAACUACGAAAACACGUCGACUUUCGCGACUCCAGCUUUUGCAUCGCUGUGAUCGCCAUCGUUUUCAACCCUCUCUUCUGGAAUGUGGUCGCGAGAUGGGAACAUCGUACGCGGACGAUCUCCAGGUUCUUUGGUGGCCCUCACCUGGCGUGUUACUGCCUGGGCUUCGUCAUCGUUUUGCUCAACGUCUACCGCAGCCACAGUGUGACAGUGGCAAUGAAGGCACAAGCCAGGUGGGACGUGAUGGACGGGACGGGCGUCUUCUACACUGGGGUAGCUCUCAUGGUGCUGGGAACCUUACUGGUGGUCAGCAGCUUCCUCGCUCUGGGAUUCACUGGAACCUUCCUAGGUGAUUACUUUGGCAUCCUGAUGGAUGAGAAGGUGUCGGGUUUUCCCUUCAACAUCACAGAGAACCCGAUGUACUGGGGCAGCACUGCCAACUACCUCGGCCUGGCACUCAUUGGUGCCUCUCCUGUUGGACUUGUCCUGACUGCCAUAGUGGCUGUGGCUUACAAGGUGGCGUUAAGAUUUGAGGGACCAUUCACUGAACAGAUCUAUCAGGAGAGGAGUCAGCGCAGCAAAUAGUGGUUUCCCAGACACUUCCUGCUCCUUGUGUGGCCGAGGAUUCCCAUCCUGUCAUGCGAACAGACAGAUGGACUGAUCGACGGACAGAUUUUUCAACCGUCGUGAUCACUAAUCCACCUCCAGCGUGGAUACAAAGGAAACGCUUACACUGCAGCUCCAAGUGUUCCUCCUCUAAUUAAGUUUAAACUCUCCUACUGAAUGUUGAGGCUUUUUAAAGUAUUUCUGAUAAAGUGUGUCACAUGUGGAUAAUGUAUUAGGCUAAGUCGAGUUAGGUUAAAGGAUUAGUUUGAUAUUUUAGACAUGACAAUAUUGAUAUCACUCUUAUAUCUGAAAGGGGAAGCUGACCAAUUUUAGGCACCAAAGUCUGUUCUACUGUACUAUGUGAAAUAUGUUGCCUUUUGUGUCUCCAGACAGAGCUGUUUGAAACUCCUUUCCUGGUGUAUUACUAUGUGAACACAAACAGUAUUUUGACCUACAGACACUGUUAUUUUUGACAUGUAGUGGUGUAAAUGUCUCCAUUUAAAGGUAUCGGCAAGAUGUUAGCAAAGACUGAAAGCACAGAGAAGCAGCUAAUAUUUUGUUUUUCACAAGUUCAUCACUGCCACAAGUUCUCAAUUGAUUACGAACGCUGCAACAUAUAUAUAUUCAUCACAAGUCCUCCUACCUAAACAACCAUAUGGGUCUUUUUUUUUGUUUUUUUCAACAUCCUGACACAACCCUGAAGUAGUGCCCCUACAGGCAGCAUGCCUACCUGACCUCGGUUGUCAUGGUUACCACAAUAAAUACACGAGUGUAACAGGACCGUGAUGGUCCUGGCUUGGUUAGGUUUAGGGUAAGAUCGUGAUUUGGGUUAAAAUAUGUACUUCCUCAAUAUUAGACAAUCUUUGUUGUCGUGGUUACAAUGAUAAAAUGUGGUUAACUUUGUAAAACGCUCAUGGAUAAUAGAAACAACAUAAACUGCUGGUUUCACAUGGGAGUCGAGCAGCGCUCUCCUGUGUCAUG